AUGGGCCUGACUUUGCGCUCCACUGCUGCACUGUUUUUUGUGCUGUGCACUUUUCCGAUUGUCCAUGGGAGACUGGACAAAAUUCAGUUGCCCCUUUCUGUUGCCUCACAGAUGAGUGGCGAGUGGGGCGUGCAGGCGCAUUCACCGUGCAAUCCGUCUAUUGUCUCAGGCACGCUCACCUGGGAGGGUGAAAAAAUGACGAUGCACUGGCAGCAUGACACAUUUUUGGGUCCUCAACUGGAGUCCGCUACAGAUGAAGGAGAUAUUGUGAUGCAUGCCGGCGGGUUACAUGCGUUCAACACCCGUACACAGGAAUUGGCGACGCUGCUCUACGCCAUCUGUGGAGUGGGGCAAACAAAUACGCUGAUCACACCGCAUCGUCCUGGGCUUGAGAACAAUAUGGACACGACCGUUCUCACGGAGUACACGGGAGUUCUUCUCAAAAAUUCUGUGGAUGCGUUGAAUACGUGCCAAAUGACAGCACCAAACGUGUUUAUUCGUCUGCUUGGAAGUGGUCUCCACGGACUUCAAAGUAACCACGGGAAGGUGAAGGAAUCGCUGCAAUUUCUUGAAAUGCAAUUCGAUGUGGCUAAUAUGACGCGACACUGUAUGGAAGUGAGGGAUAGAACUGAGGGCGAACGGGGGUCCGUAAAAACAACCAGGAGAGGCAAGAAAAACAGAAAACAUCGACUGGGCAGCGCUAAAGGAACACACGGCGAACACAGGAGCAUCACGGACCAAAGUGCUGAGGAGGGAUCUAUCGUUCUCCGGUUUGUGCGCCGAACGCCAAAGUCCAAGUAA